AUGAAAGAGGACCGUCAGCCUCCAGCUGAAAUCAGUGAAAACAAUGAUAGGCAUGGAAAAGAAAGUCAUUCAAGUUUCCGUGAUGGUCAUUGUCUUCAAUGGUCUGAUUCAGAUGCCAAUAAUACAUGGAAGUGUGAAGAAUCUUCUGGAUGGCCAUCUUGGGAAACCUUGCAAGCAAACCGCGGUGCACAGACGGUUAACAGCAUCAAAAGAGACAGACAUGAAAUUCCAGAAACCAUGAGGAAAUUGAGUGGGGAUAGCAGCUACAGAAAGAGAAUGUCUCCAACUUUUGAUGAAUUCGAGCCACAAAAAAGGAGCCGCUCCCCAGAAAAUUGUUGGAGCCGCUCUCGCAGAGGCAGAGGUGAGAGCAGGAGCAGGAGCAGGGACAGAGGCCGGAGCAGGAGCAGGAGCAGGAGCAGUGGCAGGGGCAGAAGCCGGAGCCGGAGCCGGAGCAGGAGCAGAGGCAGGGAAAGAGGCUGGUGCAGGAGCCGGAGUCGGAGCCCACUGUCUGAUCAUAGACGUGAACCUUUUGGAUGGAGUGGCAAAAGAAGAAGUGGGUUGGGAAUAUCAUCUCAACCAUGUAGAGAUUUUGCGGGGGGAAGUGUCGGAGAGGCAGUCAGUGCAGGUUCCUUCAUCAGGAUAACCUCAAUUACAGAAAUGGGGACUGCUCAGAAAAUGAGUUUGCAGAAAGGUGGAGAAGUAAACCAGAGCAUGGAGGUGUUUUAA